AGUACUUUGGUUUCUACUGUAUUUUGAUUAGCUUAGUAGAUUAGGUUUAUUAGCGAGAGCAGCAGCUCUUGAGUGCUCUCCUUGCAAAGAUGACCGCGCUGCAAAAGAUUGCCGAGAUUGAGGCCGAAAUGGCACGGACGCAGAAGAACAAAGCAACCAAUGCGCAUCUUGGGUUGCUGAAGGCAAAGCUUGCCAAGUUACGAGCGACCAUUGUGUCGGAGGGCACGAGAGGUAGCGGUGGUGGAGGUGGACAGCAAGGUUUUGAGGUCUCCAAGACGGGAGAUGCCAGAGUUGGCCUUAUUGGAUUUCCGUCGGUUGGCAAAUCCACCUUGCUGAACAAGAUGACGGGCAGUAGCAGCGAGGUGGCUUCAUAUGAGUUCACCACUUUGACCUGUGUACCUGGUGUUUUUAAUUACAAGGGUGCCAAGAUCCAGCUGUUGGACUUGCCCGGUAUCAUCGAGGGUGCCAAGGAUGGCAAGGGCCGAGGAAAGCAGGUGAUCAGUGUGGCAUACAGCUGCAGCCUCAUCUUGAUUGUCUUAGAUGUGAUGAAGCCGAUCCUGCAUAAGCGCAAGAUCGAGUACGAGCUCGAGGGUUUUGGGAUCAGGUUGAACAAGUCGCCGCCAAACAUCCUCUUCAAGAAGCGGGAGAAGGGUGGUAUUGCCUUGAAUAUGGCACCAGGCUGUGAGCUUCAGGACUGCGAUGAGGACAGUAUCAUGCAGGUUCUGAAGGAGUACAGAAUAUCCAAUGCGCAAGUUUCUAUCAGAUGCAACGCAACAAUGGAUGACAUCAUAGAUACACUUGAGGGCAAUCGAAAGUAUUGUCCUGCGAUUUAUGUGAUGAACAAGAUCGAUCAGAUCACAAUUGAAGAGCUAGAUAUCAUUGCCGAGGUGCCUCAUCAUGUUCCCAUUUGUGCCCAUCACGAAUGGAACCUUGAUGGCCUGGUUGAGAUGAUGUGGAGAUAUAUGAGCCUCUUGAGGAUAUACACCAAGCCACGUGGUCAAAUCCCGGACUACACGGCACCGGUGAUCCUUCCUGCGGAGAAGAACAAAAUCGAGGACUUUUGUCUUCGAAUUCACAAAUCUCUUCUUGGACAGUUCAAAGUUGCUUUGGUGUGGGGCAUGUCUGUCAAACACAACCCACAAAGAUGUGGGAAAGACCAUCAGCUCAUGGACGAGGACGUGGUACAAAUCAUCAAAAAGGUCGGAUGAGCAAGCGAUCGUGUUUCACAGUCUUGGAUUUGGAGAACCUGGAAGCACUGGAAGCCCU